ACACAGACGUCAACAUGCUCAUUCAGGAGUCGCACAAAGAUGUGUCCACGCAGGCAGGAGGGGAUAUGAGAAUAUUUCUCUUCCAUCCGUCUAUUCCGAAUUAUCCAAAAGCAAAAUUCCCCGGAGUUGUUGUUUUCAGUGAGAUAUAUCAAGUAACCGGACCCGUAUCCCGUUUCGCCCGCCAAAUCUGCGCUCAGGGCUACAUUGUCGCAGCCCCUUCCUCCUACCACGAAUUCACAGGUCCUGCCCCCCUCGCCUACGACGGCCCAGGCACCGACGCUGGCAACGAAUGGAAGAUCACCAAAACUGUUACCGCCUACGACGAAGACGCUACCCUCUCCAUCGACCUCCUCCUCUCUCUCUCCACCUGCACCGGCCGCAUCGGUGCAACAGGCAUGUGUCUCGGCGGCCACCUGGCGUACCGCUGCGCACUGGACUCCCGCGUUUCGGCUGCGGUAUGUUACUUUGCAACGGAUAUCCAUAGUAAGAGCCUUGGAGCGGGGAAGAACGACGAUAGUCUUGCUCGCGCAGCGGAGAUUAAAGCGGAGCUGGUUAUGAUUUUUGGGAAAAUGGAUAACCAUGUGCCCCCUGCGGGUCGGGAUUUGAUAAGGAAAACGUUGCAUGAGGCCGGUGUGACGUUUAGUUUUUAUGAGGUAGCGUGGGCUCAGCAUGCUUUCAUACGCGAUGAGCUUAGUAAAGGACGGUACGAUCCAGCGAUUGCGGGGAUCUGUUUUGAGAUGCUGAAGGAGGUGUUUAACCGGACACUUCGUUCUGACCUUGGGCCACGAAGCGGAGAGGAGGUCGAGGUUGAGGAUGUUUGCUAGAUAUAUCUGAUUACAGAUAAGAGCGUUUGAGGUAUCGUCCGCGUAGGCACCCCAGUAUGGGUCAAAUGGAUGAAUCAGCAGUCCACACAUCCCCUAUCCUACUAAAAUGGUACACACUCGGCUCCUGCAGCUAAAAUUAUAUACAG